CCGAGUUUUGACCCUCUCCUCCUCGCCCCAACGCACUCAGAGAACCUCGGAGAGCACCUCUACUGUAUUCUACUCCAGAAUCUGCAACUGGGAGGCCCCUAGCGCAGCAGUAGCGGCAGAUGGACGCGACUCUUGACGCGAACAUCGACCCCACUUUGGCCUAUCCGGCGUCUGGUAACGAUCAGACGCAGCCAGCACAAAGUGGAGGAUCGGCGGUGGAGGGAUCGCGCCCUCUGACAAGAUCGCAGACAGGACAUGCCCCGAGGAGAAGGGUGCGGGAGGAGGAGACGCCAGAGCCGAGGAAACCACCGCCGAGGAAGCGCGCGAAGACGCAGAAGGGGGCAAGUGAUACGAGGGAAUCACAGGCAGACGACGCAGACCAAGCCGCAGGACCAUCCACCUCCACCCAAUCCACGAACGCAGCAGAAUCCCCCCAGAAACAUACAACAAACUCGCAUACGACUGUCGCCUUCUUGAACUCGCCAGGGACCCAGAUACAAGACUACGCCGCACUUCUUGGACCGCGCGCUCGCGCCACUCUCCCCAUCCCCGUUCCCAAUCUCACGAAGAAGAGCCGCGGACGCCGCGUACCCAUCAAACCCACAGAACCGACAGAGAGUCCCGAUUCAAGCUCCUCCGACUCGCGAGGGUAUAUAUGCAAGGUCGACGGGUGUGGGAAGGCCUUCCACCGCGGAGAGCAUCUCAAGCGGCAUAUACGAUCUAUACAUACCCACGAAAAACCCUUUCAAUGCACCUAUCCUACUUGCACAAAGACCUUCAACCGUCACGACAACCUUCUCCAGCACCUCAAAGUGCACAAGGACAUGCCCGAGUCGCCCCAAACCAAUACGAGAGACCGCACCAGCUCUUACUCCCAACUUCCCCCACCCAUUGACGACGCAGCCGCAUCCCCCACUACUCCCACUGCCCCCUACAACAAAUCCGCCACCGCCCAGCCUCUUCUCCGCGUCCCCGCCUACGAUCCGGGGCCCCAGCAGCCAACGCACGCAUCCUUCUUUGGCUAUGCACACCCUCAGCGCGGUUCCUUCACCCAAGCGUACGGCCAGUUCGCCGCGUACGUGCCCGCUGGGUAUCAGCCCGUGCCAGUAGGGUACGCUGCGCAGGCUGGGUACGUCGCGCAGGCCGGCUAUCCCUCGCAGAUGGGCUACGCGACCUAUGCGCCGACGGGCGCGACGGAGCUGCCGAUUGCGACGAAUAUGGCGAUCUCGUCGUUGCGGACGGAGAUACCGCAGUCGCCCCACGAGGGGCCGGGGGCUGGGGCGGCGCAGGAGAGUCCAGUGGUGGACACCGCGCGGCCUGCGUCGAAUCCGCAUACGGAGGGCUCGGGAGAAGAGGGGGCUGACAAUCCGCCGCUGGGAGAUAACCCGACGACGCAGGAGGGCGUCGACCCGAAGGAGACGAUUGAUGCGACACAGGAUCAAGAUGGGAUUGACUUGUCGGGUGUCGAUCCGGAGGCAUUUGCGCAUAUAGCGCACGCCCUGUUCGGGGAGCACGAGCGAGGAGGUUUCGGGGAGCAUGCGCGCGGCGGGCAGGACGAGCAGGACGGGGGCGUGGAUGACGAUGCUGGGGACCUGAACUCGAACGCGCUGCAGGACUUGUUCGACCAGCUGGGGAAGAUGCAUCCGGAGCAGGUGGCGCAGAGGUGAAGUAUUGGCGCGCAGUGAUCUUCUCUUGUCUCCGACCUGAACGUCUUCUCUCUUCACGGCUGUCUAUGACUAUGGGUUCUUGGUCUGUAUAUAUGACACUGUCGCCUAUGUCGAGGCGUACAUACGUACAUACAUGGGUUUGUUAGCAUAUAUCGAUACCUCUGGCGAUUACGUUACGACCGUCAUGACUUACUUUACUGCUUUCACUUGACUUUGGCACUGCUCUUGUGCAUAUCACCAUGGUACAACUGCGCAUCUUGUUGUCUGUCGAAAGACCUUCGCAAGGAGCAGGACGCCUCAACCGGUCUGCGCCUUCCAUUCCCUCCAAAGCGUCAGAUACAAUACCGCGCCAUAACUGUUGAUAGCCGGCUGCACGCUGAGGCUCUUCAUCCCCAACCUCAUCCCGGC